GUAGCAUUGCCUUAUCAUUCACGCAGGAGCUCGCUCUUCCUGGCAACCCGUCUUUUCAAAUCGUAUCUGAAGCUCUGACGCUAGAUGCCGUCCCACCAUCUUCGCGUCUUCGUUCAAGAAAUCAUUCAAGCUCUUCCUUUGGAAACGCGGUCUUGAGUACAAAGACCUUGGCCUGAUUGUCUUGAGGGUGGAUUACCUAAUAGGAAACGAUGAUGAAAGUUCUAUUUCAAAAAUGACCAAGCCCGUGUCUCCGCAACUUUUUCGCCAUUUUGGACUGUGGAAGGCUUCCAGGAUAGGAUUGCGGCCCGGGACUUCAGUCACAAUGCUGACUGUUAUGGGAGAAGAUGGACAAGGCGAAUGUCGAAUCAGCGAUAUAUCGCCGAUACAGUUUCGCUGAAUAAGACUGGGACUGCGUCGGAGACUGUGAACCAUUCGCAGAAUAUGGGGGACCUUAAUGUGGCUGUGGUGAUGUCGCUGUUGGGAAGAGUGGGCCUUAUUACAGGCGGAGGGACGGGGAUAGGAUUUAUGAUUGCAAAGGCCUUUGCUGCAAAUGGAGCAAAAGUAUACAUCACUGGCCGAAGGUUGGACGUGCUCGAGAAAGCCGCUGCGUCAGUUACAGGCGUGCCAGGGUCCAUUAUCCCAUUGCAGAUGGACAUAACUGACGAAGAAGCUGUAAAGGCCAGCGCCAAGCAUAUUGAAGAUAUCGACGGCAAGCUCGAUAUCCUCGUCAACAAUGCCGGAUUCGCCAGCUCCCUUCGUGACCCAGACUUUGCCUCCAAGAAGGACGCGGCUAUAGAUCCUCUCGAACCCGAGACCAUACAGAACUGGACCGACAUCUUCGCGCUGAACACCAUCGCCCCAUUCUUUGCCGUGCGCGCCUUCCAAUCCCUCCUCAUCAAGGGAGCCCAUUCCCGCCCCCAAGGCACCUCAAGCGUCAUCAACAUCAGCAGCAUUGCGGCAAGACUCAACACACCUGGGCCCGGAGCAUGUAUGGCUUAUGGUGUGACGAAAGCAGCCCUGGACAAACUCACGCUCGUUCUCGGGACGAGUUUUGCCGGGAGGGGUAUCCCGAUUCAGGUGAACGCAUUGCAGCCUGGCGCGUUUGCGUCGCAGCUGAUAGGUCCUGAGAUUUUGGAGAUUAUCAAGACGAAGCCUGCACCUGGUGCUGUGGCGCCGAUACCCGCCAGGAGGCAUGGGUCUGAUGCAGAGAUUGGGACGACGGCGAUCUACCUGGCAGUAUCGGAUUAUACGAACGGGGCGGUUUUGUGUGUUGAUGGCGGAACAUCGCUGGUAAAUCCUUGAAUGUUUUGUUGUUUGACGUAGAACAUCUAUGGAAUUAACUUUUCCCCUUUGACGUUACCGACCUAACGAUAUCAUGGUAUUCCCGUCUAAAGACGAACUUGGUUUUGAUAACCCCCGAACAGUAUGAUUUCAAACAAGGGGAACAUAC